CCCAACCCUCGUCGGAACUUUGAGCUUCUCGCAACAUCAACAAUCUCGCUGCAACGGAGUACACAAGGUGGCAGCCAGCAACUCCGCCGCCAUGCGUUUCUCAUAUUCGUCCGUCCUGUUUUCGCUCCUUGCUCUAUCCUCCAACGCUCUCUCCGCCGCGUCCUCACUAACGGUCGCACUCCCAUCUUCCGUCCGAAUCGGCUCGCUUCCGUCAUCCACCUACGCAACGCUCACCACCAUCUCUCAGCCAAACGGACCUCUAAAGGCACCAUUAUCCCACCUUUCGACCUUUGUGUUUAAUGAUAUAUCGCUUCCGACAGCAUCUACGGGCUCCGAAAAGCCGAUAUCAUACCUCCUGGAUAUCCAUUCGAAAAGCCAUGUCUUCGCGCCGUACAGAGUCGAUGUCUCCUCGGAGACUGGCAAGAUCAUCGGUGUCUGGGGGACUUACCGUGGUAAUCCAUGGGAUAACAAGGGAGCCGAAAAGAUUAUCUCAGGCGGCGAUUAUGAGCCUGGAGUAGUCGUUGUGGAAGCAAAGGUUCUCGCGAAGAAGGACUUUUACGAGCAAAGAGAGAAAUGUAAGCCCUCCUCCCCCCAAUACGUGUUUUGCUUCAGUCGUGAAUGCCUUAUAUCCAUUGAGCAGGAAGACUAAUCUUUUUUUUGGUUUAGUUUCUCCAUUGGCAUUGCUCAGGAACCCCAUGCUUCUUCUCGCCAUCUUUGCCUUGGCCGUUACGUUUGGAAUGCCAUAUCUCAUCGAAAACAUGGACCCUGAAACCCGUGAGGAGUUUGAGAAGCAGCGUGCUGCAAAAAGAAAUAAGCCUGCCAACCCUGCUCAAGGGUUUGAUCUGGCUGGUUGGAUGGCCGGCACAAAUCCUAACCUGAUAGAUACUGGAAAUCCGGCAGCUUCUAGUGGACGAGAGCAAGAAUCAGCCGCAGCAGCAAUGCGAAGAAGAGGCUAAAAUUUGGUGUUUUGGAUGAAAAUCUUUUUCCAAUGCUACUCCAUACCUUAUACUAAAAUACCGGGCAUGAUAUAAUGAUACCAAAAGCACGCAAUUGAAUGUGUUAUUGUAUGUUCUGAAUAAAAACUCAAUCGUAUUGACUGAGAGCGAAGGCUCAUUGCAGCCCAAAGCUCAGACAGUUGGAGUGGUACCACCCACACUGAUAUCGCAAAUAUUAAUCUUUCCAAAUAGGAAGUUAAGCGACUAGGAUACGUUAUAAAUAAUGUUCUCCAUCCAUACCACCCUUUGGCCUGAAAUACUCCCUACUUCCACUUCGAUAUAUUUGUAAGAUAAACGUCUGCCCCACAUUCUGCAUAUCCGAGUGUGAAGACCAUUUACUCGUACCUGAGCCACAGAUAUAUAACCUCCAGGGGUACAUAUUUCUCUAAAGGUCAUGGACAAUAUAUCCUGGGUAGCUAUAAUAUAAACGGUUGAACGGCUCUAGUGAGAAGGGUUGGCAGAUAGUAGCUCGCGCUAAAAUCAACCAAUGGAAGCUUCGGACUCGGAUUAUCUUUUCGCCUAGUGGCGCUUAUGCAGCCUAAAUUUAGACAUCAUCUGCGCCGCACUUGGCGGGUUCCCGGGU